AUGAAGAAUUCCAGACAUGACAGCAUAUAUUGGUCUACUGUGUCUUCUACCUUUACUGAUCACCCUUGUACUGUCCAUAGAUAUUACAUACCAUGUCAAGGAAGAAGACAGCCUCACACCUAUAUAGGAGACAUUGCUGUUGACUCCAACUUAUCACACCCUCUCACACAUCAACAACACACUCUCAUUACAUUUACACAACUACAAAGGACAGUCGAGAGUGGUUCUCACUUAUUUAAUGUCACCAACUCAGGAAAACUAUACACUACUCAAACACUGGAUGCUGAGUCUCUGUGUACAUACAACAAGGAAUGUUCCAGAAUUGUUAAGGUAGCAGUGAGGAAAGGAAAAACUUUUAUGAAAAUAUUAAAAGUAAAAAUAUUAAUAGAUGACAUCAAUGACCAUUCUCCAGAAUUUCCACAGAAUGAAAUCACAAUAAAGUUUUUGGAAAGAGACAGUAAAGGUACUAAAAUCCCUCUUCUAAAUGCCAUUGAUGAAGAUGUUUCAAUAAAGAAUUCUCAAAUUACAUAUAUGAUUAUGAAAAGUGAAAGAGAACCAUUUUCUCUCUCAGUUACAAAACGUGAUGGUAUUUUUAUACCUGAAUUAAUUUUGGAAGACAUAUUAGACAGGGAAGUAAAAGACUCAUAUAUGUUGACCUUAGAAGCUAAAGAUGGAGGGAAUCCUCCCAAAACAGCUACACUCAAGGUACACGUAUCAGUGAUGGAUGUGAAUGAUAAUAUACCUGUAUUUUCACGAAAAGUCUACAACAUCUCUAUAGAUAAUUCACACCAAAGACAUUUACCAAUUCUUACUUUAAAAGCCACAGAUCAAGAUUCUGGAGAGAAUGGAAAGAUUUCUUACCAUUUCAACCAUAAAACAUCUCGAAAUGUCCAGAAAUAUUUUGUAUUAGAUAAGAAAACUGGAGAUUUAUUUUUACAUGAUAAUUUUCAGGUUAGUAAAAAGCAGACAUAUAAAUUAUUUAUUGAAGCAAGAGAUGGAGGGAAUCCACCUCUAAAAUCAGUAGCCAGAGUUCACAUUUACAUAAUUAAUAACCAAAAUAUUGCUCCAUUAAUAAAUAUAGAUUUUGUAUCUCCUUUAUCAGAGAGUUCAGCAGCGGUUUCAGAAGACAGUGAAGUAGAUAGUUUUAUAGCUUAUGUUAUGGUCACUGACAAUGAUAGUGGACCUAAUGGUGAGGUUAUCUGUGAUUUAAAACAUGAUAAGUUUAAACUUGCCAAAAUAGAUUCUAAAGAUUAUAAAAUAAUUGUUAAGGGCCAUCUUGACAGAGAAAUAAGGGACCACUAUAAAGUAUCUAUUGUGUGUCAUGACAUGGGGUCACCUCAACUAGAAAGCAAAAAAUAUUUCUCUGUCAAAGUAACUGAUGUCAAUGAUGUAGAACCACAUUUUACCAAAGAGACAUUCCAAUUCCUCACCUAUGAAAACCAGAAAGUUGACUUCCCUAUUGGCUUCAUCAAUGCUACAGACCCUGAUCUGGGAGAUGGAGGCCAACUUACAUAUUCUAUCAUCAAUGAUAACAACAAUGAUAACAUUCCUUUCCAACUGACAAAUAUGGAUUUAGUUUUAGUGAAAGAUAAUGGAACACCUUCUCUCAAUGACACUGCCAAUAUUGUUAUUGAGAUUCUAGAUAAAAAUGAUAAUGCUCCGUAUUUUACGUUUCCUAAUAAUGACCCUUACAAUCUCGAUGUCCACUACCAUCCACACAGUAAGAAGGACAUCACAAUUCUGAGAGCAUCUGACAAAGACACUGGAAACAAUGCUUUCCUCACAUAUGGAAUACUGAGAUCCAAUGAUAAAAACCUGUUUACAGUGAACUCACACACUGGUGUGUUAUCUUUCUCUCGCACAGUUUACCAAAAUGAUGCAGGAACAUAUGAGCUGCAGUUUAUAGUGAAAGACGGUGGUACUCCAGUUCAAUCAGCAACAACUGCUAUCAUACUAACACUGUUUGUUAGUAAUGAUACAUCUCCAAUGUUGACUGCUGUGCCAUUCCAGUCUGGUCACGACCUGAAUAUGACUUGGGUAAUUAUCAUUGUAGCAGCAGCUGUAAUACUAUCUGUGGCUAUUGUAGUGUCCAUAACACUGUGUGUUUUCAGAUGUAUUAAUCACACAAAUAACUCACCCACAACAGCAGAGAAUCCCAACUUUCUCUCUCAGACUGAGAUGAGACAAUUACUGUAUCAGACUAACAAUCCUGUUGCAAUAACGAGAAAUGCAGAAGAGAUAUUUAACCGAAAUCUUCAGACAAUAAAAUCUAAAAGUCAGUUUUUUCUGGAGAUGGAACAGACACCAGAUGAGUGGAAAUUCUCAACAACACAAAGGAGACUUCCACCUGUGCCUCAGAGAUGUGAUUCAAUUCAUAGUCAAGGACGUCGUACCAGUUCCAUCAUGUCUUACAACAGUGACACCUUAACAUCCCAAAAGGACAGAGAAGCUAGCAAGAGUAAUGGCAAGACUAAACCAUAUGAUGAGAUACCUGCAGAACCAGAAUAUACCAAUGACAAUCCAGUUGCAGCCACAAUACUAAAGGGACAACAAAUACAAGAUACCUAUCUACAGCCAACAUAGUAGAUGUUCCAUGACUAUUGUUAAAUGAUUCUCUCACACACCAAAUCUUAUACAAUACUUUAUAUUCAUAU